AUGACUGCCUAUCUAACAAUGAGAGACAAAACAUUGAAGACCGGAGCAUGGACAUCCAAAGUUUUGAAAGGAGAAAUGGAUCAACAAAACACAUGUUCCAUGUGUGCAGCAUUCAGGCCACCAGAAAAAAGACGAAAAGCCCAAACAAACUGGAUCUGUUGUGAUACUUGUGAUCGAUGGUUUCACACUUCCUGCAUAACCAUGAACGAGAAGGAUUUUGAUGUGGCCAAAAACAAAGACUGGUUCUGCUGCCUCUGCGAUUGA